CAUCGUCAGACAGACAGACAGACAGACAGACAGGUUUUCGGCUCGGCCUCAGACAGGGAUCUAACUCAACGAGGACGCUACGAUGGUUGCCGCGGUGAUGGCAGUGCUCUGUCUGACCCUCUGUUUGUCAGAACAUCAGGUCCACGGCACCCACGUCACAAAGGAGAUGAACGACACCAUGCAUAAACUCCUGCAGCACUAUCACAUCACAAUUAAACAACGAUUUAAUGGGGGAUCCAUAUUCAAAAACACUCUACAGGGCAACACGGAGAUCCAGAUGAUGUUCCUCGGUGCCGUUCUGGAGACGUAUGAGGAGCUCAUCGGUGUCAUGUUGAAGCAGCUCGACACUCCGAGUCCCCAGACGGCCAAUUCCACCAAUGGCGGCACAAAAGACGGAGCCGCCGAUUCCACUGCCGGCUCAGGAGCUAACGACCAUAUCAAGGACAAGCUGAACAUCAUCCUGAAGUAUAUCCGGGAGCUGAGGCAACUCCGUUACCACGAGCAGGGGGAACUUAUGCAGAAGCUGAGGGAUCUCCAAAAAAUCAAGAUGAAUGAUUUCGUGGUCCAGAGCAAAGCGUUGUCGGAGCUGCUGCCGCUGUACGAGGCGGCCGGUACGCUGUCGGACAGGAGGCGUCGGCGGCGCCAAGCGAGGGCCAAGACUCGAUCAAGAUUCAGUCUUCAACCAUGAAAAACUUAAAUUACACAAGAGGGAAAGUGUGACCAAAGAGUGCCUAUUUAAUACCUCCACUUUUUCUAAAGAGAUGAGUUCAGGCGUAUUUAUUGUAAUGGACCAGCAGCCUAAGCCUAGUAGAUCUUUUAGUUUUGUAAAAGGAAGUUCGGAGUUUGAUACUUGAAAACCGCGUCUGUGAAACGUUUCCUAACUGCAGGAUUACUGACAAAAUAUUAUAAUUUCACUUCAUUAGAUCAAUUAAAUCAACUGAAUUUAAAGUUUAAGUGUUUUUGACUUACAAGGAAAUUCAUGUUGUUUUUAGUUUUGUCUUUAGGAUAAAAUCAAAUGAUACAAAACCAAAAAAAGAUCAAAUUGUUUUUAUGAAUGAAACUCAGUGGGUGGAGCCUUAAAUAUUUUCCACCUUUUUAAUUUGUACCACGUUUGUCUUUUUACCGUAAAAGAAGGUCUCCACCGUAGUGCCUCAGAGAACUGAUGAUGUUUACAGAACGUUCACUGCAGCAGAAGAACCGUAGCUUUCAGGGAUUGACUCUGUUUUACUGACAUGUUGUAAUUACUUUCUUUAUUAAUUUAUUAAUUUUUAUUUAAGGUAUAUUUAAAUACAAAUCAUUCUGUUGAUUAUUUAUUAUGUAUUUAUUUUUUGGCACAAACGAAUAAAGCAGAGAAAAUCA